AAAAUCCCUCUUGGGAUCAUAUGUGCCAUUCUCUUUAGUCUUUUAUGCUUUUAUCUGGUUUCCUUUAGGAGGCAUGAGCUGAGGAGUGUUAUAGCUGAUGGUGUAUCACAAAUAAAGGGUAUAAGGUGGAUAUCUUACUAUGAGCUUCUCCGGGCAACUAAUAACUUCAACAACUCAAACUUACUUGGAAUUGGUAGUUUUGGCUCUGUAUACAAAGGAAUCGUAUCAGAUGGUUCACUGGCGGCAAUCAAAGUUAUGAAUUUGCAAAGAGAAGGUUCCACGAAGAGUUUUCACACAGAAUGAAAAGUGAUGCAAGAGAUACGCCACCGAAACCUGGUAAAGAUUAUUUCAGUAUGUUCCAAUUUGGACUUCAAAGCUCUGGUUUUACAAUUUAUGGUCAAUGGCGAUUUAGAGAGUUGGUUGCACAAUGAAGAUGAGGCCCAUUGUCGACUGAAUCUUCUCCAAAGAUUGGACAUAUUGAUCGAUGUAGCACAUGCCUUGGAAUAUCCCCAUCACGAUUAUUUAGUGAGUAUUGUUCAUUGUGAUUUGAAACCUAGUAAUGUCCUCCUAGAUGAAGAUAUGACUGCACAUGUUGGAGAUUUCAGAAUCGCAAGGCUGAUUGGGGAACAAAACUUUUCCGGCCAAACAAGCACCAUUGGGACAAUUGGAUACAUAGCUCCAGAAUAUGGAACAGGGGGCAGUGUAACAACCAGUGGAGAUGUCUAUAGCUUUGGAGUAAUAUUAUUUGAGAUUUUUACAAGGAAGAGGCCCACUGAUUCCAUGUUUUCCAAUGGUUUAAGCUUUACCAAAAAUGGGUAGAACAAGAAUACCCGGAUGGAAUGCUACAAGUUGUGGAUGUGGAUCUUUUGAUGGAAAAUGAUAAUCACAACAAUCAUAGCAAAUCAAGACAACAAUAUUCAAGUUUAAUGCUGAAAUGCUUGUCAUCAGUUAUGGAUGUGGGUUUGUUAUGCACAAAGGCAUGACCAAAUGAGCGGAUCAACAUGAGGGCUGCAGUCUUAAAAUUGGAAGACACAAGAUCAAGCUACAUCGCGAUUUUGAGUGCCUGAUUUUUUACACUCAUUUCAUAUUAUUCUCUUUUCUUCUUUUGUACUUCAGUGUUUUGGUUUUUGUUUUUAGUUCUUUUUUUUUUCUUUUUUUUUGUGAAAUUACAGUAAUUUGUGAAGCAGAAGCUUUUUCCAAAUUGUGAGUUGGUCAUCUGAACAAAAGUUGAAAAGCUUUGAUAAUGGAAAUCAAGAAACAAAUCUUUU